CACUGACAGUCAACCUCCCUCCUACCUACCUAACCUAUAAACUGGAGUUUAUUAUUUUCGACAAUGUAUUGAAUUUUAAAUUUCUUAUUAGUACGAAAAUCUAAAUUUAUUGUUCAUUAGGAAAAUGAAUCUGUUACCAAAAAGUCAUAAAGAGUUUAGCGAAAAAGAUUAUUGGAACAAAUUCUUCAAAAAACGAGGAAAUAAAGCCUUUGAAUGGUACGGAGAAUAUCUAGAGCUAUGUUCUCACCUUCACAAAUAUAUAAAACCUAAAGAUUCAGUACUUAUCACUGGUUGCGGUAACUCGAGCUUAAGUGCCGACUUAUACGAUGUCGGGUAUCAGAAUAUCACAAAUAUCGACGUUUCAGAAGUAGUAAUAAGGCAAAUGAACAGCAUAAAUGCUAGUAGAAGUGCUAUGAAGUUUUUAUGCAUGGAUGCUUUGAACAUGAGUUUUAAAAACGAAGAAUUCAAUGUUCUAUUAGACAAAGGUACAUUAGAUGCUCUGAUGCCAGACGAUGGUGAGGAAACCCAGAAGAGUAUAGAUAGAUAUUUCACCGAGAUAAAGCGGGUAUUGAAGCUUGGCGGCCGCUAUGUAUGUGUGACGUUAUUACAGAGUCAUAUAUUGAGCAAAUUGCUGGAGAUUUUUUGUGACAGGUCAUGGAUGCUUAGAGUUGUAAGAUGCCACGAGGCAGAGGAGAAGAACGCUGAGAAUGGUGAUGGGACAACACUGCCUGUGUUUGUUGUUGUUGCCACAAAGUUCAAAGAAUUACCCCAGUUGAUUCUAGAAGUGUGCAUGGCUGGAGACAAGAUGUUGAGGUUAAGCAAACCAGAAGAGGUCACCGAGUAUGUGAAGUCUGCGCAAGACGCUGCCUUUGUAACUAGUGGCUUGGCUAAAACUAGUCUAGACGAGAAUGAUGAGGUAUCACUGGACCUGUACCGGCCCGGAGAGUCCAGUCCCCGCUACACACUGUACGUGGUGGAUCAGAAACGAACACAGGCAGUGAACAAAUAUGCCGUGUUCAUUGUACCGCAGGGCAGGGAAACCGAGUGGUUAUUCGGCACAGCCGCGGGCCGCCGGCAGCUGCAGGACUCCGCCCGGUUCGGCCGGCUCGUGGUGGCCGUGCUGCGCAGGGGUCACAAGUUCGAAUCCCUUGACGCCGUCAAAGAGGAGCUCGCUCAGUCCGCGAAGAUGCUGAUACCGUACGGGUUCGUGGGACAGAUUCCGUUCGUCUCCCUGGGCAGCGACGUCGGGCGCCGGGUGAAGGUCUACGAAGGCACUUCGCCGAUCUCCGGAGACUUCGUUGUGGAGGACGUUGACGUGGAGGGCGCCACUUACCGCCGGCUCGUCUUCCUCGACAACCAGUUUCUGGUGCAGUCCGAGGCUAGGCUCAAGACUGUAAAAAGGAAGAACAAAACACGCCUAGUGGUGGACGUCGGGCACAUAUCUCAGUACCACUCGCUGAUGUGCGUGGGCGUGCAGCUGUCACUGUCCGGCCGCGGCGGCGGACGCGCGGCCGUGCUCGGGCUCGGCGGCGGCGGGCUCUGCAUGUUCCUCAGGGGCUGCUGCCAGGGGGCGCAGAUUACGGCGGUGGAUCUAGACCCGGCCAUGUUGGACGUGGCUCGGGACCACUUCGAGCUGAGAUUGGACGAUAAGCUCCAGGUGGAGAUCAAAGAUGGUGUGGACUUCUUGAGGGAGGAAGCUGCCAGUGGUCACACGUACGACUCAGUGAUGUUUGAUAUGGACAGCAAAGACAGAUCGCUGGGGCUCUCGUGUCCGCCUAAACAGUUUCUUGACAACCAGGUGCUGGACGACGUCAAGGCCAUACUCACAGACGACGGCCACUUCAUCCUAAACCUGGUUUGUCGCGACCCAGCUCUGCAAACUUCCAUAAUCCAGACGGUGAAACAGCAUUUCAAACAUCUAGCAACCGUCAAAUUGUACGAAGAAGUCAACGAGAUCGUAUUCGCUACUAACAGUAAGAAACCUUACAAGAUGGACGAUUUGGAAGACGCAGCGAAAAAAUUGAAUGCUUCAGCGAGGGAAAAUAAAUUAGUUCCUGUGAAAUGCGUAGAUUUGAAGGACUUUAUGCAGUCUGUGACUAUUGUUACGUAGGUUUAAAGUUUUAUUGUAAAAAAUGUAUAUAUUUUGAAACUGUUUAACGUUGAAAUUAUAAAGGCCGGUGGAGACCGUAUGCGUAACGUAACUUGUAUGGGAUUGUAACGCAUGCGUGCACGCGUAUGCUACGCAGUCAAAUAAUUCUAUACAAUAUACGCAUUCGGUCUAAACUGGAUUUAACAUAUUGUAAGGUCCGCCUUUUAAAACUAAAUAAAAGUUACAUAUAAAUUA